CCUGCAAGGCGCAGGGGGGAGGGGCUUGGUGUAAGGGGCUCCAGCUUCCCCUGGGUGAUGCUGUGCUGCCCACUGAAGUCCAGCAGUGUGAUGGGCUGGGGAAUGACAUCAGUCCUUUCUCUCUCUGUCUCUCUCUCUCUCUCUCACCUGGAGCAGGGAGUUCUCCCCCGCUGCUGUUCAGGAAGCCCUCACAGAAGAGUGAACAAAUCUCCCUUGUGUGUCCCAGGUGUCCCUCAGAUGCCCCUGCCUCCCUCUGUGUCCUGGCUUUCUGCUGCCUGGUGGCACAGUACUCUUGUGUUUUAUCUCAGGUACCCGGCUGUGUUUCACAAUUCCAAACUCAGGGACCCAGUGUGGCACGGACCCAUGCUGAUCCUCUGGGGUAGGGUCUCACUGUGCUGUGACCGGUGCCUGUUUGUCCCAGAAGGGCAGUCGCAUGACCGCGCAGGGCUCGGAGUUUGUGGUAAAGCGCAGCAAAAAGCCGAUGCCAAGGUUUGCUGCCCUCUGUCUCUGUUCCUUUGCUUGUGAUGCUUGUGAACAGGGCAGCAUGUGGGUGCCUGGGGCUCUUUUGUCCCCUGAGAGGCUGUGCCACCUCUGCCAGAUGCACUCCAAGCAGGAAAACUGUGUCUCCCAGUGUGACCCAGGGGAUCCUCAGACCACACUGCCCACUCCUGGGCCUCCUCCCUCCUUCCCUGAAGCACCGCUAAGCCCACCAGGCCGUGCCUCUGACUUCUUUGCCUUCUGUGGGCCCCCCUGCUUGUGCAACUUGCGAUGUCCGGCCCCUCUUGAUUUGCCCGUCAAUGGUUUGGGCAAAUGUUUUUCUUAUGUAGUCCCCUGGGCCCUGCUCUCUCUCUCUCCCUCUCUCUCUCUGUCUCUCAAUCUCUGUCCUCUCUCCAUGAUCAGGGCUCCCUUCUCUCUGCAGCACCUACAAUUCUUUUCUUCCCCAAAUCACGUCUCUGCACCUUCCUACCUUCCACGAUGUGGCCUCUUUUUCUCCUUCUUAUUGUGCAGUUUGUUCUGUGAGUCCUCAGAUCAAUUUUCCUGGGUGAUUUGACAUUAUCUAGCUGUGUUUGAGGGAUGAGGCAAGCCUAGGGCCCCCCUACAGCUCCACCAUCUUAACGCCCCCCCCCCCCCGAGGCUGAGGCUUUCUCAACUCUCUUACAUAAUGAAAAGCAAGUGCAAACACCUGUUCCCAUGAAGACCCCUUCCUGGAGAAGAACCCACUGGCUGAAGGCUUCCUAUGUCCAGCUUUCACAAGAUCUGAUGAUUUGUCCUCUGGCUUUCCUGACCUUGACCCUCAUAGUCUGUAGUCUGGACUCCCAAAUACGAUGACUCAGUUUCCUCAUCUGCAAAAGAGAGGGAAAUAGUAGUCCAGACUCCAUAGCAUGUUGUGGGCUAUGAUGAGCUAAACCGUCCCGAGUGCAGGUUACAAUUCCUGGCAUAAAGGAAACCCUCAAUACGUAUUAGCCUUAUUACUGUUUGUUGACUUGCUUUUUGUUUGUUUGUUUGUUUUUGUUUUGUUUUCUUGUUUUUACAAAGAUGUGUCAUGUAACUACUAUGUGUCGUCCACCAGUUGUGGCUCUGGGAUCAAUGAGGGGCAAAAGAAAUAAAGUCCCAGAUAGAGUCUGCCUUCAGGGAGCUUAUAGUCUCAUGGCAGUGUUGGUGGGGAGACAGAGAGAAGAAUCAGGCAAAACCACUAGAAACCAAUCCAUUUACAGAGCGUCAAGUGCUUCCAGCAAAGUGAAAGAGGGCUUCUUCAUCCGGGGUUCUCUGAAUCCCCAAGGGGACAGAAGACAAGGGGUCCGUGAAAGUGGGUGGGGUAAAAAAAAACUCUCCGUUUUCACUCACUUCUAAAGGAAAUGCGGGGUUCCCUUCCAUGAAGAAUGAUGGGGACAAACCACAGUUGUGACAGCACAACCUGGGACUUUGUCACCAAGAGGAAUCCCGCAUAUUUCCAGAGCGUAUUACAGCCAUGGCAGAUAUGGUGAAAAAUUGCACGGAUACCUCAUUUCUUCGAAGUAAUAAUGGUAUUAAACCAGCCGCUAGAUCUCGCUGUUGUGUGCUCGUAUAUAAUCCCACAUAUUUUAUUUUAGGUGUCAAAAACAUUCUGUGACGAGGUCCACAGGCAUCGCUUAAAGCCCAACUGGCAUUGGUGCAAAAAGGGUUAGGAACCACUAGAAAGAGGGUGCCUGGGUGAGAGACGACUUUGUUUACUUUUAUUUUGUUAUCAUGCAAACUUUCAGAUAUGCACCAAAGGAGACAGAAAACUAUGGAGAUGCCCCAUGUACCCUCCCCCCAGUACUCAUUGCUGACUCCUGGCCAAUCUUGUUUCACCGGUGGCCCCACCUUUUCCCCCUUCUCAUUUCUCAGGAAGUGGACCUCAGACAUCAUAUUAGCUUAUCCAAAAGGUUUCAGUCAUUAUCUCUGAAAGACCAGAACGCCCUCACCUUUUAAAAAACAUAACCACAGUGUAGUUAUCACGUCUUAAAACUAGCAACUAAUGCUUGGGACGCCUGCAUUGGCUGGGCUGGUCCAGGAGGGCCUGCCCCGGGAAGAGAGGUCACGUCCAGGCCACGGUUGGGGGUGUUCUGGGGGAGAGGGACCCUCAUGGGGUGGCCAGAAGCUCGGUUUGUGGGACCGGGUGUCAAUUGUCUGGGGAAAGAGGAUGAGGGGGCAGUGUGGGCCAAGGUGGGGUGGACUUACUGCAGUGUCGCAAGGGCGCACGUGGACACGUGGUCCAGCCUGCCCUCCAGCCACUCCGCUGGGGGCACGGGUGGCAGCUGCACCCGAGCGCAGCACAGACUGAAAUGCUUCCGGCCUCAUUUCCUCCUCUCUCACCAACAGGGGAUGAUUUUUGAGAAGCUGAGAAUCUGUUCUAUGCCCCGAUUUGUCCGUUUCAUGCAUGAUCUGAGGCCACUGAAGGAGGAUCCGGAUGUCGUGGUCACAGACCUCCGCUACGGGACAAUCCCUGUGAAGCUGUACCAGCCCAAAGUGUUUUCCUGCAUCCCCAGGCCUGGCAUCGUGUUCUACCACGGCGGCGGGGGGGUCCUGGGGAGCCUGAAAACCCAUCAUGUCAUAUGCUGUCAUCUGUCCAAGAAGAGUGGCUCAGUGGUCCUAUCAGUUGGAUACCGCCGCCUGCCCCAGCAUAAAUUCCCGGUGGCGGCACGAGACUGUAUCGCAGCCACCAUCCACUUCUUGAAGUCCCUGAAUGUGUAUGGGGUGGAUCCAGAUCGGGUCGUGGUCUGUGGUGACAGUGUGGGAGGGGGAAUGGCCACGGUAGUUUGUCAAAAACUUUUGGACUGUCCAGAUCUGCCCAAGAUCCGUGCUCAGAUCCUGGUCUACGCCAUCCUCCAAGCUGUGGAUUUUCAAUCCCCUUCCUAUCAGCAGAACAGGAAUAUCCCACUGCUCAAUUGGAAUUUUGCCUUCUACUGUUGGAGUCGUUACCUGGACAUCAACCCCUCCUGGAAAAGCACCAUCAUGAAAGGUGCCCAUUUGCCUGCUGAAGUCUGGGAAAAGUACAGAAAGUGGUUGGGUGCAGAAAACAUCCCGGAGAGGUUUAAGAAGAAAAGCUACCGGCCGAUGCCCCAUGAGCCCCUAAACGAGGCUGCCUACCUGGAGACAAACCUUGCUCUGGAUUUGAUGAACUCACCCCUGAUCGCAGAAGAUGAAGUCAUGUCUCAGCUCCCCGAGGCUUGCAUUGUGAGCUGUGAGUAUGAUCUUCUCCGGGACCAUUCACUGUUGUUCAAGAAGCGGUUGGAGGACUUGGGAGUCCCGGUGACAUGGCACCACAUGGAGGAUGGUUUCCACGGAGUGCUUAGCACCUUUGAUAUGGGCUACUUGCAAUUCCCCUGCUCCGCAAGGAUUCUAAAUGCCAUGGUCCGUUUUCUAAAUAAGCUGUGACCGUCUUUCCUUCCUGUUAGAACUGCGGAAGUGUGCGUUCAGCCACGAUCUGGUUCCCCAAUGGGACUCUUUGUUGUGAUGUAGGCGAGGCUGAGUGGGGCUGGGGAGGGUGUCGAGGUUGCCAUGUUCUUCUUGCUUCAGCUUCUAGAACUGCAGAAUGCAUAUUUCUGAUGUCUCAAGGGAGAGCAGUAGGAGAGACAGGUUUGGGGGGGGAGGGUGGGACUCUGUUCAUGUUCGUGGUCAGGAAAACUUGAGCUGCAGUGGCCAUUGGAGAGAGUGAAUGAUCAUGUAAGGGUUGCCUGUGGCUUUCCUGAGGGAGAGUUCAGGCUGAUGUAGGCUGUAGGUAGCACUUGGCUAGCCUUGGAAUGAAACAGGCAUCAUGUGCAAUCCCAUGGACUUUUUUCAGCCUAGCUCAGAGGAUGGGGCUCUGAUGUUCUAGACUGCUGAAUGGAAGUGGGAAACUGGUGUCACUCUCCCCCUGUGGGUACACAGUAACAUUUCUCCUGCUGUUCCUCUGCCUCUGUGCUCAGAGUUUUGACUGUCUGGGCUUGAAGAGUUAGGACAGAAUGGAUAGGUUUUCCAUAGUGGUUGGCACCUAGAGGCUGAUGAAGAUAGCCAAGAGCCAUCUGGCCAGGGAGCUCUGGAUCUCCUGGAGUCAAAGGAGCCAAAGGGCUGAAGAUGUAUUAGCAAAAACGAUUUCUGUCUGAAGACACACAACCAACUCAAAUUGGCCUAAAUCAGAGAAAGAAUGUAUUGGUUGAUGUAGCUAUGAAUUCCAAGGAUAAAUCAGGUAUGGUUUGAUCUAGGAACUCAGACGAUGCCACCAGCUGCCUUCUCUUCUCCUCUGCAUUUACUUCACCUUCACCUCUGCAUAUGGGUGGCCCUGAGUAGCUCCAUACUUACAUUCUCUAGAGUCAAGUCCAUCCUUAUAGACUUGCCUCAUUCUCAGCCAUCCCAGAAGAAACCACAUUGUAACUCAAUAGCUCUGUGGGCAUUUUGGGUGGUGUGUCCAGGUGCCACAACUAAGGGAAUGGAAUGUUCUGACUGGCCAGGCCUAAGUCCCAUACUGGCCUUGGAGUGAAGGAUGGGAUCAACUCCACCCAGUGCUUGGACUGAGCAUGAGGGAAGGAGAGAAUACUUUCCUCACAUCAACACUCACUCUUCUACAGUAGACAUCAAUGCUUACUCUGAGUGGACAUCAGUGCCAACUCUGCUGGGUGGACAUCAAUGCUUACUCUACCACAGAAGCUAAAUGAACUCUGAAUCAGAGUACUUGGAUGUGGCAAGGGAUGUCAAGGACCACUCAACAAGUUGGCCACUUGUCCAUGAGGAAUAAAAAUUCCAAUGAAGGGGCGCCUGGGUGGCUCCGUCGGUUGGGUAUCCGACUUCAGCUCAGGUCAUGAUCUCGCGGUUCAUGAGUUU